CUGUUGGACAUUCAAAAUGGUUGCAGUGUUGAGGGCUCGCUUACUACGAAAGGCUUUUCACCUUCGCGCCUGUUCCACUGCAGCCCAAGCGGCGCCACGUUGGACCUGUGUAAACUCGGUGGACCGAUUAGAAUAUUGGUUUUUCGGCGCAUAUUGUUUGGCAAACAUAUUGACAGAAGCGUAUUCAAAGUUCUAGCUGGAAGAAUUGAUUCUCUGCAUGAAGUACGGGGUAAGGAUGAAGUUGGUGCCACUAUGGACUUCAUGGAGCUGGAACGGCAACGUGGUAUCACUAUUCAGUCGGCAGCCACUUACGUUGAUUGGCAUGGAACAAAUAUCAAUAUCAUCGAUACUCCUGGUCACGUUGACUUCACUGUAGAAGUGGAACGUGCUUUACGUGUCCUUGAUGGUGCUGUUCUGGUUCUGUGUGGUGUGGGUGGUGUACAGUCGCAGACAUUCACAGUCAAUCGGCAACUGAGCAGAUAUCAUGUGCCUUUCAUUUGUUUUGUGAACAAGAUGGAUCGCACGGGCGCAACACCGCUUCGUGCAUUGGAUGGUCUCCGCAACAAGCUAAAGCAUAACGCGGCUCUCAUUCACCUUCCUAUUGGAAAGGAUUCUGGUUUCCGAGGGAUAGUGGAUUUGAUUGAGGAACGAGCUUUGUUCUAUGAGGGAGACGAAGGUCUUACUGUAAGAGUGGAUGAUGUUCCUCAAGACAUGCGAGCACAAGUGAAGGACUUCAGACAAGAAAUGAUUGAACACCUGGCGAAUGGUGAUGACCAAAUCGGAGAGAUGUUCCUGAACGAUCAAAAUCCUAGUGUCGAACAGAUACAUGCAGCCAUCCGACGAUCAGUAAUUAAAAGAUCCUUCCUUCCUGUUCUCACCGGGUCGGCUUUGAAGAACAAAGGCGUGCAAACAAUGAUCGAUUCGGUUGUGCGGUAUCUGCCUAAUCCCAGCGAAGUAGUGAAUCGAGCAAAUAUCAAGGAUGGAAGCAACGAGAAAACGAUAAUACUCUCUCCUGAAAGGAACAACGAGAAACCUUUUGUCGGAUUAGCGUUCAAGCUUGAGGCUGGAAAGUACGGUCAGCUCACUUAUUUCCGAGUAUAUCAAGGUCAACUGAAUAAGGGUGACACCAUUUAUGCUUCGAAGGAUGGCCGUCGGGUUCGAGUUCAGCGACUUGUUCGAAUGCAUGCUGCUGAAAUGGAGGAAAUCAACACUGUCUACGCUGGUGACAUUUGCGCUACAUUUGGAUUAGACUGCCAUUCUGGUGAGACGUUUAGCAGCGAUGCGAAUGUUCCGCCCCAUUGUGAGUCCAUGCACAUACCGGAACCAGUCAUUUCCAUGUCGAUUAAACCGAUCAAUAGAAAGGAUGGAGAUAAUUUCAUCAAGGCAUUGACUCGCUUCACAAAGGAGGAUCCGACUUUCCGCAAGGAGUACAAUGCUGAAGCUAAGGAAACGAUUGUUUCGGGAAUGGGAGAACUUCAUUUGGAAAUCUACGCACAACGAAUGAAAAACGAGUUCAAUUGUCCAGUGGAGUUGGGAAAGCCAACGGUAGCUUACAGGGAAUCCCUCACUAAGCCAUAUAAGUUCCACUUCCGACACAAGAAACAGACUGGUGGUCAGGGACAGUUUGGUGAAAUUGAGGGGGUUAUCGACCCGCUCCGGCUGAAAGGAACACUCACAUAG